UUCUCAGCCAACAAUCUUUCGGACUUGGCAAAGGAAAGGACAAAAACAAGAAGAAGAAAAAGGAUGAGAACGAGAGAAAAGACGAGUCGGGACAAACUCUGCCUUACCUCGGGUAGAACGGCCAAUGCCGAGUACUUCUCGUCGAACACGGUAAGCCUAGGCCAGAAAACCAAGCAGGAAACCAACCCCCUCAAGAAAAAAAAAAGGAAGAAAAAAGAAAGAAAAAACCUCGAGCACCCAUCAUCGCGAAACCGAUGUCCUCCGAAAAACCCGCAUGCCGGUAAUCUGCAGCAUUUCAUCCCGGCGCGAUGCGUCGCCCACAUAUGCCCGCCGGGCGGCGGGUCCCAUGUCCAUCCAUCCAUCCGUCAUCCCUCCUCGGCCGCGCGCCCGUCUGUAUCUCGCUCCCACCGCCGUUCACUCCCGCACACGCCAGCACCAUGUAUCCGUAUAUGUAAAACCACCAUCGCCAAUGCUUCUUUCCGGUUCUCGGAGUUCCAGGUCGCACAUGUCAUUCCCGCCAACCUACCCGAACCAAGUGUGACGCGCGUGCCAUAUGCUUCCCUGCCUGGCGGAGAAGAGGCCGUGCCACAUCCCGCGCCGCCGGGACUUGGCAUCAGGCUGGUCUAGUUUUGACCACCAGACACAUACAUAGUACGGAGUACACACACAGACACAUACACACUCCAUCAACACGGCUAUUACGUGAUGCCAUGGGUUAGGUGAACGGCUUUCCCUUUCCCGGUUGCCGGAGGGGGGAUCUCGAGUCCCGCUCUCUGGCAACGAAGCGGAAGACCCUCCCUCCCCCUUUUCGAUGGGCAAGUCCACGCGUAGAUGGGGCCCGUCUUGGUGAGUUUCUUCGUGUAACUGAGCGUGGGCAAAACGGCACCGUG